ACAGACUUUAUCUGCCCUGAUUGAACGAACGCUGGAUUCUCUCAGGGCGUCACUGUGUGAUGGUUGGUGAUCCUAUAACAACAGUCUAACAACUGAAACAAUUAAAAGAAUAUAUAUAUGUGCAUAUAUAAUUACAAUGAGGAUAACAGUUGCUGUAUGUGCUCUACAUCGUGGGCCAUUGAUCAAGAGACUCUGGAAAACUCGUGGCAGAUUUGUGGAACCACAGAGAGUCAUACCAAAACCUUUAUUAAAAUCUAAUGUAGAGAUCAUAGACCCAUGUGCGAAGCCAAAGUUACCUCCAUGGGAACCUCCUGUGAAAGAUGACAUCAGAUGGUGGAAGGCACCUCCUCUAGAAGAGCAGGACAACUACCAUAAAGACCCUAUGUACUUGUACUUUCAGAAAUGUCGGCUUCUGGAAGGUCUGAAGCAAGCACGGAUUCUUACCAAGUGUUUACAAUUCACAGGAUUUCCUCCCGAUUUGAAAGAGAAAAUUGGUAAAGUAACAAUUCCAAACCAGGACCUUCUAGUACAGCGUAACAUAAUGUUCUCUCAAGUCUGGCACAGCAACUAUAAAAAGCUACCGAAAAGAAUUGACAAAUCGAAGCCCGGUUUUAAAUUCACACGUGAAUACGGCAUCCCCACUUUACAGGCCUCACAAUUAUUGUUAUCUAACCUGCUACGUCUGUGUAAUACUCAGACCAAAAUCUUUCCUGAUAUUCUCACAGAUUACCAAAUGGUCAAGAACUCUUUUCUUCGUAGCCACAUAACAUAUGAUAACAAACGCAUCCAAAUAGUUGGUAACAGUGAAGCGCUGCUGCUCUCUAAACAGCCAUUGCCGAAUUUUGCCACCAAUGACAUUAUUGAAGCUAGUGCAAAUGACCCUCUUCCAAACAUCUAUCCAGUCUCUCCAAUGAUUGACAUUCCUAAGAUGCACAUCUACAGAACUGAUGAAACUAGUGGUUUCAACAUUGGGGAAUCUAAUGACCUCCAGUAUUACCCCCACACUCUGUUCAUCACAUACAACAAUAGAUGGAAUUGUAGCCAAAACUGUGCCCGCUCUUUGCUCUAUUUGACUGGCUAUGCUGUUAAUGAAGCAAAACGACGGUUUGGGGCGAAUGUUCAACAGUUACCUGAGCCGAUCAAUUUGCAGUGUAUUAAUAUGAACGACUGCACCUUUAAUUUUCUCUUUUUCCAACUGAACACACUAGACUUCCAAACUGCUGAUGGCCUUAAGAACUUGCUGUGGUGUGAUGCACACAAUCUUUUGUUCUAUAAAAAGUUUCGGCAACCGUGGCUGGGUAGGUCUAGCCGUAACCACAGAUACCUUGACUAUAAUGCUGAAGUCUUUCAAAAAUUCCUCACUAUGUAUCUCAAUGGAAUGAAACAGAAUGUUUGAACAAGCUUGAGUACUGUCUGUAACUAAGUGCUCACUUUUUCUUGUCAAGUUUGGACUGCCUUGCCUUAUUAUUCUAUGCUGUUCUGUUGAUGACUGAUAUUUUUCCAUGCCUUCCACCACAAUAUUCAAGAAAGUAAAAGCAAGAUGAGACGAUGGUGGCAGAGGUUCGUUUUUGAAGCAACAAAAGAGAUUUUAAACCAGAUGUAAGAUAAGAUAUUAAACAGACUAUAAGCUUUUAUAUUAUUAACCUUAUUGUUAGAGAUGAAAUUUUAAAAAUAAUUAUAUUUACAACUUGAUUGGUUUAAUCUCUGAUUGACAACUGCUGUCUUAGUUUUGGAUGUGUACAUAAUCGAGAUUAAGACUGAAUUUGAGUUAAGAGUCUCAGUUUCUAAAUUAGUUGGCAUUCAUUUAUAACACACUUGAUGAUAGUCAAAUAUCAACUAAAUCAAAAUGUAGUGUAGGUGUGAAUAUUGAAAAAUCACAACUCAUUUCAUCAUCAUCAUGAACAUUUAACAUCCAUUUUAUAGGCUGGUGUUAAGAAAUCAUUGGAAAUGUUAAAAAGCAGUCAAAUAGAUAUGUGACAAUAUGUUAAAUACGUAUCAUAAAAAUGUUUUGAAAUCAUAGCAAAAAUGUGAAACAAAUGUUUGGAAAACAUGAAAAGCUUUUACAAGGAUGUGAAGCUGAUGCUUGCAAGAGAUUAAAUAAACAUUUGGAAAAGAUGCUCUACAGAUGUUUCUAAGCAGACAGUGAAACAUUAAACAGAGAUCAAGUUUGUUCAACAGACAUAUAUUUUCAUAUUACAUGAAAGAGGCAGUUAACAGAGUUGACUUUUUGUUCCUUUUUUUAGAAUAAAUUAACAAUUAGGUUAAAAGAUGAAGAAAAAACAACAAACAUUAUGAAAGUGGUUGUAUUUCUCUUUUUAUAUAUUUUUUCUUUCUAACUUCAUCUUUGUAUCUCUUAUCGAUUUAUAUCUUGCUUGCAUGGGUUAGUGGGGUCCUUUCCAACAAUGUCUAGCCAUUUGUUCUAUUUUGUCAUCACCUUUGUGAAGUUCAAUAUCCUGAGCUCAGCUUUUAUCACUUCUAUCAAUGUUUCAGUUAUGCUUAGUUAUUCUGUAGCAUGUCCUGGCUACUUCAGUUAUGCUAUUUGUCCAUUUCUCUGCCACUAGUAUGCUUACUCCAUUUUAACCAGCAUUGUUCCUUACCCAGAAUUUGUACCUGUGUUCUCUACCUGUUAGGAAUCAGGCUGAAGUUCCUCUCCAUUUUCUUGCACACAUUGACUCUUCUCCAUUCUAGCAUCUCUAUAAUGUCACAACCUAUACCUUUCAUUGUACCAAUGUUGAUUGCUGUGGCUCUGAGUUUCUGGUAUUAGUUAGGUUGACCAACAAUGUGUUCUUUGCACCUGAAAGGAAAUGUAUGAUAACUUGAUGAUGAUUGAGUGUUCUUGCACAUGGUCCAAAGAUUUUCUAACUGUUCCACAACCACGUGUAGCACUAAUGUGAUAAGUGCUAGUUCUGUGUAUGUAGUUUGGAAUUUAUUGAUGUAAUGAAAUAUUUUGUAAUUUUACUCUGCAUGUGUAAAUGAAAGCAGGCUAUUGUAAU